AUGGCCACCACCAAGAUCAACCUCUCCGCACCCAUCUACGGGAGCGAUGGCACCGGCAUUGUGCCCAACAAUGCCGACGAGAGACUCGAGCCUGCUGGCGAGCUCCUCUCCGUCGUGCAGCAGGCUUUUCGUCGCCAGCUUCGCAAGGCAGGUCAACAAGGCGACGCCAUGAGAGCCAUGUUCGACAUUGGCGAGUACGGGUCUGUCGAGUUUGUCGGUCAGAUGCCAGUGGGCUACACCCACGUCAGACUUGAUCCGGAUGGUCGCCGCGACAUCCGCAUCUAUGGCCAUCCCUCCGGCAAAUUCUUCAAUUCGGCAGCCAAGUUUGUACCGCACGUCGUUUUCUUAUUGCGUCUCAAGGUUGACCCCUGCGAGUGCGACCUCUGCGGGCAUUGA